AGGGCCUUCCCCCAGGGCAGGGGCAAACGGCCCCCUUCCAGGAGGGAGCCGGAAGAUUAGGCAGCUCCAUGUAGAUCCACAUGUAGGUGAACAGAACCCACCAUGAGGAAGGGCAAAAAGAAGAAGCCAGAGUCCAGACGCCGCGGCUCCACACCCCAGCACGCCAGCUCGGAGUCCACACCCCAGCAAGCCAGCUCGGAGUCCACACCCCAGCACGCCAGCUCGGAGUCCACCCCUCGGCCCAGCCCUGGAUCCACCCCGCAGCCCAGCUCUGGAUCCAUCCCCCAGCAGCCGGCACCCCAGGCUCUCCCAGCUCCAGAAAGCAGACCCUCAGCCCGGGCCCCUGCACCGGCCCUGGGCCAGUUGCCUCCGGACCCUACCACAAAAGCAUCCUCUCGAUCCAGGAAAUCAGGGUCUCUGACUCGUGCGGGGCCGCGGGCCUUCUGUUCCUGUUCCGCUUGCCCCGGAAGCUCUGCUUGCUGGCGUCGUCUGGGCCUGUGUCACAGCCGCAUCUUUGAUGUCCUCCUUCCUCUACCCUGGCCGACCAUGCCAGGAAGAGGAUUUCCAAGCCUCCUCACUUUCUACAGAGAACCUGCAAGAAAACACUCCACUCAUCGUAAUUCACGUGCUCCAAGCUCUCGGGCCUGCCGCUGUGGCUCUGGGAGCCCUGGGGGCUGCCUGUUACAUCACUGAAUCCUUGUGAACAAACCCCAGGCCCGCGGCCCGGCAGAUCCAGUUUCCAUCAAGGAUCUCUCUUGUCACCAAAAUAGAACAAAAAAAAAAAAAUUCUGUUUCAUGAGUGUGUUUUACCCAGAGACACAAAGUUCGACUUGGCAAGGUCACCUAUCUUCAGGCAGGGGACCUGACGGCUACAGCAGCAACAGCCCCCCAACCUCUGAAGGUCAAGUCUGGCAGGGAAGGUGUUUCCCAGCAGCAAAAGGGCUCUGAUCAGCCUCUGAUCAGGUCCUGUGUCCCUCCUGGAACCCAUGCUCUGCCCAGGGGAAGGCAACGCUCUGACUGGCCAGGCUACAACCACCUUUGGAACUGAGGGUCAACCCCACGGAAGGUCUGAGGACUGACGGCAGGGAAGAGGCCAAAGGAUAAUUUUGAAGCCCCAGCCAAGAACUUGGACGGGCAGGGGGAAAGAUGUUUUUCUUUCUCUGCAUUUGCCUUCGAGUCUCUGCUCAAAUGUCAUGUUCUCAAUGAGGUCCACCCUGACCAGCUGCUUAGAACUGCAAACCCCCACUUAUUCUAUUCCCAUGACCCUCAGUCCUCUAUAAAACACUGUAAAAUUCA